CAACUAUUGCCUCAGAGAGAAACAUUCAAACAGCCAAGACCUUCUAUGUAUGUACAGUUUUUUUAUAUACAGCUAUUUAUGUCACCUUCUCUGGCUCUGACAACUCUCUGUCGGUCAAAUCUCCAGGAUUAAUUGAAUUAGCUAGUCAUUUCCACUGGGCUAAUUUGGAGGACAUUUUAGUAGCUGCCGUGGGCUAGAGAAAGCAUCACAGACUCCUCAAGAUGAAGGACCGACUGGCACAGCUGAAAGAGAAGAGUGAUGCUGGAGGCGAUGACAUUGAGGUUCCUGUGGAGAACGAGGCUUUCAUGGAUGAUUUCUUUAAUCAGGCUGAGGAUAUCCGCAGCAGCAUUGACAAGAUUGACGAGAGUGUUACAGAAAUAAAAAAACUCUACUCCACCAUCUUGUCAGCCCCCACAUCUGAGCAGAAAACACAAGAUGACGUUGAAGCCCUCACCAAUGAGAUCAAGAAGUCAGCAAACAAUGCAAGAAACAAACUUAAGAGUAUUGAGCGCCAGCUUGAGUCAAACACAGAUGAGAGGGCCUCCGCUGACCUCAGGAUACGCAAAUCACAGAAGGCUGAGAGACACCAGCAGCAAGACCACAAUGCCAAGCAUUCCUUUCGUUCUGUGUAA